AAUAUUAUAUUACUUUGCCAUUUGCCGGUUGUGUUUUCUUGACUUGAACGAAUUUUAAUUAAAACAGCGGUUUUAAGGAUGUCAUUCAAAUUAAGAAGUCUUAUCAGAAUGACAGUUUUGUCGUUUGUUAUUUUCGCUGUAAUUACAGCCGUAGACGGAACCCCUACCGUUGAUAGUCUAGAAGUAUGGCUUCAAAACGACAUAAGGAACACAUCUGGAAACGAUAGCCAAGAUAGAACUGGCGAGGAUGAUUAUCCCUCCAUUCCAAAUAACCAAUCCGAAUACGAAGACCAUACUGCUCUAACCGAAGAGGAUUCUAUCGAAAACAAUGGGAAUUAUAUGGAUGGAUAUGAGCUGCGCAAACAUAAAGGACUCAUUAAACAUCUAAAAUAAAUGUUAAACUAUUUUGAAAAGUAAGCUCGACGAUAUUGUAAAAGAUAAUACUGAAUCGUAUUUUAACUUCACUCGGUUUCCAAAAAAAAUUUUUAUUCUGUUGUAAUCCAUAUUGUAGUUUUUAAUUCAUAUUUUACUCAUAUCUUAUAAUAUAUUGAUAUUGCUAUUUAAAAGUAAUAAUUAUCU